AUGGAUCUAAUACCACCAGAACAGUUGGCUGCCUUGGCCAAGGAAGAUCGGGGUCCACUCACCAAGUCUAUCGUUGUUGCUUUUACAUGCAUAGCGGUGAUUUGCGUCGGUCUGCGUAUCUUCACUCGGCUUCGGUACUUGGGACGGGCGUUGGGAUGGGAGGACUACACCAUUAUAGUCUCUAUGGUGCUGGCUAUCGUGACCGGCAUACUCCAGGUCCUGCAGGCGAAUGCUGGCAACGGCAAGCAUGCUGUUUUCAUUGAGUUCCCCGGUGGAGUAGUGACCAUCCUAAAAUACUUGUUCUGGAGUAUCAUCUUCUACAACACCAGCCUCAUGUUCACCAAGAUAUCUAUCCUUCUCCAAUACGGCCGCAUCUUUACUUUGCGAGAGAUGCGCAUACCGCUUCACAUUGUCAUGGCCAUCUGCGUAGCUUGGGGUAUCACCACACUGAUCACUUCUAUCUGGACAUGCGUCCCUAUCCACGCCUACUGGCAGAUACUGGAGCAACCCGCUGCGAAAUGCAUCGACAACAAAACAAUCUGGUAUGUGAACGCCAGCAUCAACAUCUUCACAGACCUCAUGGUCGCCUUCCUUCCUGUUCGUGUUAUUUGGACCCUGCAAAUCGCGUUGCGCCAGAGGGUUGCGCUUAUGGCCAUUCUCACUGUUGGUUGGUUCGUCUGCGUCGUAUCGAUCCUCCGCCUACACGCUCUUAUCGUUCUUGUCGACCAUCCCGACGACAACACAUAUUACAGCGCACCGACAGCCUACUGGUCAGCGAUCGAGAUGAACCUUGCUAUCGUGUGCGCAUCGCUUCCCGCGCUCAAGCCGCUGGUUGUCAAGAUCAUACCCGGCUUUUCCUCCUCUCUACAAUCCGGCAGAUCAUACGGAAACGGAUACGGCAAUGGGACUAUUGGGGGCAGCAGCAAACACAGGAGUACUCACGGUGUCAGAAGCACCGCAAGACACGCUGACGAAGACUUUGAACUGGGCCGACCAGGUAGCACGACGCCUUAUCAGACGACUUCUGAUGAAGGAGGAAUGUUUGGCAAGAACAUCUACGUUUCGCGACACUUCGAACAGCACUUCGAGCAAAGUUCGCGCAUUAGCGAUGGCGAGAGUCAGAAAGAUCUAGUUGCCGUAACGCAGCCAGUCUAA